AAAGUCGCAGGAGUUCCCGUCCUCCCGAUCACUGGCCAGGUGCUCGCACAGUCCGGGGGUUUUCCUCACCACCAGGAAGGCGAGGGUCAUCAACACCGACGUGAUGUAGUAAGGUUUCAGUAGCCAUUUGUAAAUCUGGGGUAAAUGGUACAGGAACGUGCACAAGCCUGUGAUUAAACCCAUGCUGGCAGCGGAGAGAGAGAGUCCACCACCCGGGACAGCGUCGCGUCUAGAGGAGAAAUCAAAUGACAGCUGGGCGCUGGGAGUCAAGUGCGCAUGCGCGGAGACCUCCCGGCUCGCCGUAGUGUUGGCGGUCUCUGCGAAAAUAUAAACAAGGGAAGAUGGAGGAAAGCAGCGCACCGACACGAGAGGAGACUACAGAGGAAAACGAGGAGGGGACCACUCAAAGCCAGGCCGGUGGACCUGCGGAGGAUGUUUCUUCAGAGAUGUCGAAGCAGGAAAAAGUCUCCAAGCCGUCCGAGGAGACGGCUGGUCGCUACGACCGCAUGAAGCUGUUCGACAAAGUGAUGCAGAAAAGCCUGAACAAGUUCAUAGAGCACGCCAGUUUUAAAGGAUUUGCCAACAUGUUUCGCCCGCUUUACAAGAAAAACCCUCAGAGGAUGGAGAGCAUUCACAAGCAGUUCACAGAGGAGUUGGAGAGAACUAUACAGGAGGACAUCGCUAGACUAAUUGACGAAGGCAUGUUGGAGUUCAAGCUAAACGAGCUGGAUAAGCUGGAGGGGGCUGCCAAGAACAACCAAGACCCUGCAUGGCGGCCAAGUGGGAUUCCCGAGCUGGACUUUAGCAGCUUUUUGAUGCCAUACUAUAAAAAACAAGAGGCCUACAUGCGACUGGAGCUGAAAAAGAUUCAAACAGAGAAUGCUGCCCUGGCACAAAAGGUUCGAGUCGGUAGAGAGAAUAUUGCUCAGACUGAACAGCGUAUUUCCACUGCUGUGGACGAGUGGAAGGUGUCGGUGACAGAGUUUGAAAAACUUUCCUCCUCUCUUUGCCCAGGAGACGUGUUUGAUGUGUGAUCUUCAAAUGACUUGACAUCUCAACUUACCUAACUGUACAUAUUUUGUUUAUUGUGACAUAUAAAAAAUAAAACCUUUUUAAUGGAAAGAAA